CUUGGGUGGUAUCCCAAUAUUCCUUAUUCAACAAGUGCCAGAUCUAACCAUCAUGAAAGCCAUGAGCUUGCAAGUGAUAACAAUUCUGAGAAUGGGGAUUUAGACAAUGAAUUGAGACAAACACAGCAGCGAACUCAAGUCACGUUGUGA